AUGCUCGAUACACUUCCUCAAGAGAUCUUCCAGCAAGUACUACCUUGGCUGGAGAAGAAGGAGUUGAAAGCACUACGACUCAUCAAUGUCGCAUUCUCUCAGCAUAUAUCCAAGGCAUUAUUUCGCAGUAUCGAUGUCUCAUGUCUAACCCUGCAUCGUCUUGUCGCCUUUGGGCAUCAUCCUCAACUGCGAGAUAUGGUGGAGGAGCUGUGCUAUCAUGAGAUGCUACUACGUCCAGAUAAUCCGCGCUGGGUAAACUCGCGGCGGGGAAAAGAUAUAGAGAAUCUGUGGAAAACGAUCAGACAGUUCUGCAGACAACCUCGCGAUCGGCCACCAACACUGAGGGAGCUGGCCGUAGAAAAAAGAUACCGUGUCCCUCGGCCCGAACCUCUGGAACACUACGUCGACUGGAACAUACCGAUGUAUCCCGGCGAAGACCUGGCCUCCAUUCCAGUACAACUUAGAGUCCAAGCAGAAUUUGACAGAAUGAUAUCCUCAGUCCACAACGUGUAUCAAAACUAUGAGAGACGCCAGCGGUUGGAUUCGUUAGAGCGUGUGUUCUGCAAAUAUCUGCCACUCCUGCCCAAUCUCCGUCGUUUGGUCUCCGUCGAGGCGGCUGCUAGUGAGAAUGCCCACAGUUACUCGAUUCCAGAAUGUUUUCCGCUGCUAGAGCCUAUUGGAGAGCAUUUUCCCUUGACCGAUGCCGCGAUUCGCACCUACUUCUCCAGCUAUACCAAUCCCUGGCCCGGCCACGGCUUUUUCGCAAUGCUGGGGGCGCUCAAUCUCAGCAGAAGGCUGAAGAUCCAGUCGCUAGAGACCUACCGUGGAUCUGAUCUGUGGAAUAAGCGCGGCGUUGAUAUCAACGAAUUUCAAAUGCUAAGCCCACUCAUCAAUGGUGAUUCAUAUCUACGCGUUUUUCAAAGCUUAGAAACUCUUAACUUGUGCCUCGAAACGAGUGAGCAUGAAUCUUUGUGGAAUGACGUGCUUCCCCCUGCGCUUGUUAAAGCUCAGAAACUGAAACACUUGGAAAUCUCUCUUACUUCAUUGUCCGAGAACAUACAGGUGCCAUUCACAAGCAUUCUGCCCAUGAGUCCACUUUUGUCACUGGAGACCGUUAUUCUAGAAGGCUUCUCGUUCGAAUGCUCGGAGAUGUGUGGAUGGCUCUUCCUACACCCCAUGUUGAGGACAGUCAAGCUUCGCAGUGCCCGUCUAAAAGGACUCUGGAAAAACCUGCUGAACACGUUGUCUAAGAACCGGAAAUUCAAGUUGCAAUGUUUCGAGCUGAAGUCCCCCUGGGAUCAUGAUACCCAGGAGCAAGAGCAAGGCAGGAGAGCCGACACACUUGUGCCAGCGCGGGUGUCACAUGUGGACGCGCUCUACUUCAUUAAUGAAGGCGGGAGCAAUCCAUUUGAAACGAGGUGGUGGCGGAAGUUCGACGUAUGGCCCAACGAGGACGAAAAUACACGGUUCCGGAAACUCAACAUCGUUAGGCACAACGAGGACCCAGUCCGGUGGCCGAACUUCGAGAUAUGGCCUAAGAUGGGUGAAGAUAUGGAGGACAAUCAAUCCGAAUACUCGGAUAUGUCCGAGUACCUUUCAGAUGAUCACCCAGACCCCCCUUCGGAUGAAGAUCUUGACGGGCCUGAAUAUGACGAAGACUACGACUUCGAUGCCGAAGAUGACAGUGAUGUUGAUAUGGAGGGCACUUAG